ACAGAGGUGUCAGUGCGCGGAAGAGGAGAGAAGAGGACGGGACGGGACGGGACAGGAGAGGAGAGGAGGCUGGGGGGUGUCAGAGCUGCUCCCGUAUUAUACAUGAGAGAGUGAGAUCGCCAUCGCAUCGUCGAUCGGCCGGGCUGCGCGAUGAUCUCCCCGUGGGAGCGCUGGUACUCGACCCGCUGCUGCGUGUGCUGCCAUGUGCGCACCGGCACCAUCAUCCUGGGCGUCUGGUACAUGCUCAUCAAUGCCGUUGUGCUCCUUAUCCUGGUGACGGCCCUCAGUGACCCCGACAAGUACCACUACCACUUCACGAACAGCGAGCUUGGCAAUGACUUCGAUGUCAUGGAUGAUGCGAAUGUCUGCAUCGCCACAGCAAUUUCCCUGCUCAUGAUUCUAAUAUGUGGGAUGGCAACAUAUGGCGCAUAUAAGCAACACGCUGCAUGGAUUAUUCCCUUCUUCUGCUACCAAAUGUUUGAUUUUGCCCUUAACACCUUGGUUGCAAUUAGUGUUGUGGUCUACCCCAACACCAUCCAGGACUACCUCCAGCAGCUGCCCGGGACUUUUCCAUACAGGGAGGAGAUCAUGUCCACGAACAACGCGUGCCUAGUCUUCAUCGUCCUCCUCUUCGUCGGCUCCAUACUAGCCUUCAAGGGUUACCUGAUCUGGUGCGUGUGGAACUGCUACAGAUACGUGAGGGGGCGGCGCAACAGCGAGGUCUUCGUGUACAUCACCACCAACGACACGACGGUGCUGCUGCCUCCGUACGAUGAGGUGGUGGCCGUCCCACCCAAGGAGUCCCCUUCACGCUGCGUCCCGGCGUGACGGACGUAAAAGAGACACCUGUCGACGCGACGUCCCUCCACGGUGUCCCCCAGGUGUCCCGCCGCUGCUCCAAACCCGUCUCAUUUUCACUGAAUAGCGGGUAAAAAACAAGCAACCCUGCGAUCUACUAAGAGCACUUUUUACACCCCGCUGCCCUCUCUGUUCACUGAAUGUAACGCGUGUCAUAUUUUUCUUACUUUUAUAUGUGUAUUGUGAGAUUAAACCGAGAAAAAUGCACUGCAACAAUGUAUUACAAUGACCUGCACUUGUUUUGAAUUCAAUUCUAUUCUAUUCCAUAAACCAGAUGUGAUACUUUUUUCCGCACCAGUCCUAAGAGAGGGAAUUCCUUCUGAAAAGGUGCGUCAUUGAACACGUCGAGGUCAAAGGAACAGCAAUUACUGAAAUCCGUGGCAAAGUAGCCAUGAGGACAAAUAUAUUCAUACAUCCUUACGUUUUCAUAGACACUUAUACACAUUCAGUAGCGGCAGAAAAUGUAUCAUUUGCAGCAUCAUUUUAUAGGGUCCUCUUUCGAGCUCCAUUCACAGCUGCUCUACCUGUGAUCUUUCCCGCAAAGCCAAUGGCAAGAAGCAGAGAGCUUCUCUUAGGGUGUUUAAAAGAGGGCUGUACAGGUGGUCCCCGAUUUACGACGGGGUUACGUUCCGCGAAACCCAUCGUAAGUCGAAAA